AGAAACUAAACUAAACUUUCCUUAUAGAGCUCAAGACAUGUCAAAGAUACAUCCUCAAGCGCUUGUUCCUUCUUCAGCUCCUCCUUGUUACUUCACUUCUAAACAAGAAACUUUUACAAUAUGGAUGAAGUCUCUAGUUCUCAAUGGCAAGGGUUGCACUGUCUUCGAUUCGAACGGCCUUGUCGUCUAUCGUGUCGAUAAUUACAAUUGUAAGCGUAGAAACGAAGUUCAUCUCAUGGAUUUUAAAGGCGAGGUGCUAUUCACUAUACUAAGAAAGAAAUUAAAGCUGUGGGGUUGCUGGGAGGGGUAUCGAUCCAUUGAUGCAAAAAUUAACGAGACGAAGCCAGUUUUUCAAGUAAGAAGACCUUUCAGGCUAUUAAGAGGGGGAUUGGCAUGUAGUGUAAUUGUGGGGUUAGACAAGGAUCAACCAUCAGCUCAGUAUAAUAUAGUAAGUGGCUGGACUGGGAAGUCAAUAUGCAAGAUUGUUGAUAUUUCUGGGAUACUCAUUGCAGAGGUGAAGAGAAAGCAAUCAGGAAGUGGGGUCGUGUUGGGUGAAGAUGUAUUGACAAUGGUGGUGGAGCCAUCUAUCGAUCAUUCUCUAAUCAUGGGGCUACUUGUUAUGUGGUGGAGAUCAGCCUCUUUCAUUCUCGACAAACGACAGAACGACACCGUACAAGCAAACCCAGAAACCCUAACUCUCCCUUCUUCUUCUCCACCUCUAUCUUCCAUGGCCGAUACUCUUCAAAACCCUAACCCUCACGCUAAUUCUAACGUCUCCGCCUAUUAUCAGACACGCGCCGCUCACCAUGGCGUCGUUACGAGCGACUGGCUGGCUCAGGCGCAGGCAGCCGUCGGCGGCCAGCCGGAGGAUGUGGUGGCGCCUGUAAAUGAGGUCAGAGUUGCCGGAAAAGCGUUUAGUGUGAUUGAUGAGUUUAAUAAUUGGAGAAAACAACCGGAUUUAGCGGAAGCUGUUGCUGCGAUUAGAGCGCUUGCUGCUGUUAUUGGAAAUAGUGAGGCUACUACCAUGAUGGAGCUUGAAAUUGAACUUAAAAAGGCUUCCGAUUCGCUUAAAGCAUGGGAUACGACCUCUAUCUCAUUGACAGCAGGGUGUGAUUUGUUUAUGCGCUAUGUAACUAGAACUUCAGCCUUGGAGUAUGAGGAUUUUAAUUCAGCUAAAUCUCGUUUGAUUGAACGCGCAGAGAAAUUUGGAGAGAUAUCUUACAAGGCUCGUAGAAUUAUAGCGAUGCUUAGUCAGGAUUUCAUUUUUGAUGGUUGUACUAUUUUGGUUCAUGGUUUCUCUAGAGUCGUGUUGGAAGUCCUGAAGACAGCUGCACAAAAUAAGAAGCUUUUUCGAGUGUUUUGCACAGAGGGAAGGCCUGAUAGGACAGGAUUAAGGUUGUCCAAUGAGUUGGCCAAGCUUGAUGUUCCUGUGAAACUUCUAAUAGACUCUGCUGUGGCAUAUACUAUGGAUGAAGUAGACAUGGUUAUUGUUGGAGCAGAUGGAGUCGUUGAAAGUGGAGGUAUAAUUAACAUGAUGGGAACAUAUCAGAUUGCCCUAGUGGCACACAGCAUGAAUAAACCUGUUUAUGUGGCUGCUGAAAGCUAUAAGUUUGCUCGCCUUUAUCCAUUAGAUCAGAAAGACUUGGCUCCUGCAUUACGCCCGAUUGAUUUUGGUGUACCCAUUCCAUCAAAGGUGGAGGUUGAGACAUCUGCCAGGGAUUACACUCCUCCUCAAUAUCUGACAUUGCUCUUUACAGACCUUGGCGUACUCACUCCAUCUGUUGUUAGUGAUGAAUUGAUUCAGCUAUACUUGUAGUAAUUUUUUCGGCUAUACUUUAGUCAUGCUUGAACCUGAAUUUAAUAUUUUUAAAUUUUAUGUUGAUAGAAACUGAUCCCUAUUAUAGUUUUAGACAUAAUCUAUACGAAUGCGUUGUAUUCUGUUGACAAAUUUGAAUCCAAUUGCACUUGUGCAUUUUAUGGAUGGGCAGUUAAAUCCAUCCUUAUUAUUGAUAGCAAAA